CCACUUUCAAGUCCUUCGACGCAACACAUCGGAGAAGCGACAACACCACAACCGUCGCCAUGCCUACCCGAACUUCAAAGACCCGCAAGCACCGCGGUCACGUCUCCGCCGGAAAGGGUCGUGUCGGCAAGCACCGCAAGCACCCCGGUGGUCGUGGUCUGGCUGGUGGUCAGCACCACCACCGCACCAACAUGGACAAGUACCACCCUGGUUACUUCGGUAAGGUUGGUAUGCGGUACUUCCACAAGCAGCAGAACCACUUCUGGAAGCCCAUCAUCAACCUCGACAAGCUGUGGUCACUCGUCCCCACCGAGACCCGUAACGCCUACGUCUCCGGCGAGAAGAAGGACACCGUCCCCGUCCUCGACCUCCUGCCCCUGGGCUACUCCAAGCUGCUCGGCAAGGGCCGCAUUCCCGAAAUCCCCCUGGUUGUCCGCGCGCGAUGGGUCAGCAAGCUCGCUGAGCAGAAGAUCAAGGAGGCUGGUGGUGUCGUCGAGCUGGUUGCGUAAAUGGCAUUUGAAAAAGAAUCAACAUGCUGGUGUGUGCUGGAGUAAGGCUUGUGGAUUUGGAACCGGGCACUUUUUCUCAAAGGUGGAAAAUAGAAAUCCCUUCGCCUUUCAACCCCAAAUGUAUACCGAGACAAAGUGGUCUUCUUUUUUUGGGGAACAAGAAGGGAUUGGGUUGGUCGGCUACGAGCAUUGCAUCAGGGACUCUUUAACGGAGUUUGUUAACGAAUG